AUGGAGCGCCGGCUCAGGCAGGGCGCGGUUGAGGGCGAGAGCGAGGGCGCGGGCGGGCUCGGGCCGGUGCUGCCCGUGCCGGUCGAGCCGAGGAGGCGAGGAGGCAAAACUGGCGGGGAGAGGGCGUCGGAGUGGAGCGGGCCGUGCACCGCGGAGGAGGCCGCCGCGCACCUGCGGCUGGGCGCGCAGCGGGCGUCGGAGGGGGCGGGGGCGGAGAGGGGCGGGAGGGGUUGGCGAUGGAGAGCAAGUCGUGGAGCCUCGAGGCUAAAGGUGGAAGUAGCAAACAACUCCGGCUAUGUCAACAUCGGCGUCGCCGUCAACGCGUCGCUUUCCAACGUGAACGAGUACAACUAUCACCUCCACGUCGGCUGGAAGGACGGCGAAAAUUGCGGCGCCUCCACCAGGGGCGGCCACUACGACCCCACUCGCGCGUCGCCCGGGACUCGCACACUCGCUUACCAGGCCGACUCGCCGGACUACGCCAAGUGCAGCACCACCAACCAAGACAAGUGCGAGGUGGGCGACCUUUCGGGCCGCUCGGGCAAGGUCUCCGUGGGCGGCACCACGCUCACAUCCUUCUACUUCCCGGCCUUCAAGACCGACUUCGAGCUGAACAACACCAUCGACUCCCCCACACGCCGCGUUCGCGAGCCCGCCAAGUGGAGCUCCCUCGUGAUGCACUGCGACACCUCCGGCUGCGGGCCGCGUGUGGGGUGUGCCAAGUACGAGAAGGUUGACUGCGAGGUGGUCGAGGCAGACUUCGUCAGCGUCUUCGGCGAACCGCGCCGCUAG